CAUUUAAUAAUAGCAAGGUCUUGUCAACAUUUUAGACAAUCAUGGUAAACUUAUUUAAGAGGAGCAAUUUUAAAAGAAUCUCGAGGCACUUAAUAUUUUGACUUUCCUUUCGACUCGACUAAGCGUUUACUUAAUAGCACUGACUGUGAUUUAAAUAAUUAUUUAAACUGGAAACCAGUGGCUGGUGUGUGGUGUGGAGAAAGCCGAGUGUGUGGAAAGUGCUGCUCCGACUUGGGGCGCUCUUUAGGGGGAAGAGAGAUGGCGUGCUUGUUGGAGGCCCCUCUACGCAUCAGCGUGUUAUCUGAGGUCACAGCCACCAGUCGCCACUAUGUUGACCGGCUUUUUGACCCCGACCCACAGAAAGUGUUGCAGGGAGUCAUUGACAUGAAGAAUGCUGUCAUUGGUAACAAUAAACAGAAAGCCAACCUUAUUGUGCUGGGAGCCGUGCCCAGGCUCCUGUACCUGCUCCAGCAGAGUUCGUCCAGUGCGGAGUUGAGGACAGAAUGUGCGGUUGUGUUGGGUAGUUUGGCCAUGGGGACUGAGAACAACAUCAAGUCUCUAGUGGACUGUCACAUUAUCCCUGCCCUUCUGCAAGGUCUGCUGUGUCCAGACCUAAUCUUCAUCGAGGCAUGCCUGCGUUGCCUAAGGACGGUCUUCAUCAGUCCAGUCACACCAGUGCAGCUACUCUAUACGGACCCCACUGUUAUCCCCCACCUUAUGUCUCUGCUGAGUCGGUCCCUGCGCACACAGGAGUACAUCACACAGAUCUUCUCCCACUGCUGCAAGACUCCAGAGCAUCAGACGGUUUUGUUUAACCACGGAGCCAUCCAGAAUAUAGCACCACUGCUCAUUUCUCCUUCCUAUAAGGUACGGAUGCAGGCGCUAAAGUGUUUCUCAGUCUUGGCCUAUGAGAACACUCAGGUCUCCAUGACACUGGUGAAUGUACUGGUGGAUGGGGAACUGCUCUCUCAGGUAUUUGUCAGAAUGAUGCAAAGGGACAAACCCAUUGAAAUGCAGCUAACAGCAGCCAAAUGUUUAACGUAUAUGUGUCGAGCAGGAGCUAUCAGAACAGAUGACAACUGCAUCGUCCUAAAGACUCUUCCGUGCCUGGUGCGCAUGUGCAGCAAGGAGCGGCUGCUGGAGGAGCGGGUGGAGGGGGCGGAGACGUUGGCUUACCUGAUGGAGCCUGACGUGGAGCUGCAGCGCAUCGCCAGCGUGACAGACCACUUGGUGGCCAUGCUGGCCGACUACUUUAAAUACCCCAGUUCCGUCAGCGCCAUCACCGACAUCAAACGGUUGGAUCAUGACCUGAAACACGCUCACGAACUCAGGCAAGCUGCCUUCAAACUCUACGCCUCCCUGGGCUCCAACGACGAGGACAUUCGCAAGAAGAUCACAGAGACAGAGAACAUGAUGGACAGGAUAGUGAGCGGGCUGUCAGAAUCCAGCAUCAAAGUUCGGUUAGCCGCUGUCAGGUGUCUGCACAGUUUAUCACGGUCAGUACAGCAGCUGAGGACAAGUUUCCAUGACCAUGCAGUAUGGAAACCUUUGAUGAAGUUAUUACAGAAUGCCCCCGACGAGGUAUUGGUCAUGGCCUCGUCCACACUAUGCAACCUACUACUGGAGUUCUCACCCAGCAAAGAGCCUAUCUUAGAAUCUGGAGUGAUUGAGUUACUCUGCAGUUUGACCCAAAGUGACAGUCCAGCUCUGAGAGUCAAUGGCAUUUGGGCUCUCAUGAACAUGGCGUUCCAGGCGGAUCAGAAAGUGAAGGUUGAGAUCGUGAGGGCCCUUGGCACAGAGCAGCUCUUUAGACUGCUCUCAGACCCAGACACCAAUGUGCUUAUGAAGACACUGGGACUGCUGAGAAAUCUGCUCUCCACACGCCCGCACAUAGACCAGAUCAUGAGCUCUCAUGGGAAGCAGAUCAUGCAGGCCGUCACUCUCAUCCUAGAGGGAGAACACAGUAUAGAGGUCAAAGAGCAGACCUUGUGCAUACUGGCCAACAUUGCUGACGGCAACACUGCAAAGGAACUGAUUAUGACCAACGACGACAUGCUCCAGAAGAUCAAAUACUACAUGGGGCAUUCAAACGUGAAGCUACAGCUGGCUGCCACCUUCUGCAUCUCAAACCUCAUAUGGAAUGAGGAGGAGGGUUCUCAGGAGAGACAGGAUAAACUGAGGGAAUUAGGCUUUGUAGAUAUCCUCCAUAAACUCACCCAGGCCUCAGACCCCAGCCUGUGUGACAGGGCAAAGACAGCGAUGCAGCAGUAUUUGGCAUGACACAGAGGAACAGCCGGAUGUCAUCUUACUAACAGUCGCUGGGAGGACGCAACCUCCGCCAUCUUUACUUUGAUGUUUCUUCUUAACGUUUCAGUUUUUUUGGUUUUGUUUUGUUGCACAAGACACCUUUUUGAGCUGAGGCAAAGACUCCCCUUAUCUUGAAACCUGGGAGAACAACACAGUUGCCAGGGGCAACACCACACCAUGACGGUUAAUGGGCUUUCAGGUUAUGUUAACUCAUAUUUUUGUGUUUAACUUGUGGAAGAUUACUUUUGUUUUGUUUUUAUUUUGGACUUGACGUGAAGAAAAUGACUUUUAUUCCCCACGUGUUCUACUGCGCAAACCAGUGGUUUUGAAGCUUAGGUGCUUUGGGACUCUCUUUGGAGAAGAUUUUGAAUCUUUGAAAUCUAAGCUAAUGGACUGUAUUAUGGCAGGGUCAACGGAGCGUAGUCUCCUUGUUAAAUUUGAUUUUUGCAGAUUAAUUAAUUAUUGAUAUUAUCACUAUUAUUAUUUUAAGAGGGGCGUUGACAGAAAA